AUGGCCAACCAAUCCACUGUGGUGAAAUUCCUUCUGAUGGGAUUUUCUGAUGACUGUGAUGUACAACGUCUACAUUUUGUCAUUUUUCUAUUUAUUUACUUAUUAGCCUUAACUGGAAAUUUACUUAUAAUUGUUGUUGUAUUCCUGAAUCACCACCUGCACACCCCUAUGUAUUUCUUUUUGGCUAACCUGUCCCUAACUGAUAUUUGUUUAAUCACAACCACAGUCCCCAAAUCCAUGGCAGUUUCAUUGACAGAUGACAAAAUAAUUACUGUUCCUGGGUGUGUUGCUCAAGUUUUUUUAAUUGUUAGCUUUACUUGUUCUGAGGUUUCCUUGCUAACUAUUAUGGCUUAUGACCGUUACAUAGCUAUUUGCCAUCCUCUACAAUAUAGUGUCAUCUUGAACUGGGGUGCAUACAAUCAAAUGGCAGUUAUUUCCUGGGUCAGUUCCCUGCUAUAUGGAUCUGUACAAACAGUCAUCACUUUCCAAUUACGCUUCUGUGGACCAAACACAAUUGGGCAAUUUUUCUGUGACAUUCCUCAGUUACAAAAGAUUUCUUGCACAGAUACAAAAGUGAACCAGAUAGUGAUCUGGAUAUUUGGAUUCAUUGUGUCUUCAUUUUGUUCAGGAUUGGUUUUUGCUUCUUAUGUCUAUAUUAUUUCUGCUGUACUGAAAAUUCAAUCAGUUGAAGGAAGAUCCAAAGCAUUCUCGACUUGUAUUCCACACUUGACAGUUUUUUCUUUAUUCAUGUCUACAUGUUUGUUUUCAUACAUGAGGCCAAAAUCUCUUUCUUUUCCCAUUAUAGACUUGCUUUCUGCUGUUUCAUAUACAAUUGUGCCUCCUGUUAUGAAUCCCAUCAUUUAUAGCCUCCGGAACAAGAACAUUCAAGUAGCUGUAUGGAAAAUAACAUCAAAAAGAAACAAACAAACUAAUAAUAAAUCCUAA